AUGGAACACACUGCUGUUUUUCGAAUUUUGGCAAAUGCAAAUCUGGUAAAACAGUAUCUAAAAUUGUUUCAGCAGAAUGGGGUUGAUGAUGAAACCAUAACUGAGCUGAAUGAAAAUCAUCUUGAAGAAAUGGGAAUUUUCAAUAAAGCGCAUAGAGAUCUUAUCCUACAAUGUAGAGAUAAUCUCUCAAAUGAAGAAUUCCCUAUAAACACUCAAUUGGAAGAAGAGAAAAAAGAAACUCAUGGUCCCCAAAACCCUAUCACAAUUGCGAUGCUGCUUAAAUCAAGCAAUGUGAGCACCAGAUCAAAAGCUCUGUCUAAUGAUAAUUUUCUUAGAAAACUCAUAAUGGCUGAGUUGUCUGAUAAAAAUAUCGACAGCAUACAAUGUCUCGACAACUGUCCCCGAUUGCAAGUUUUAUAUUUGAACAGCAAUAAAAUAAACGCAAUUGAAAAUAUUGAAAUGCUAUCAAGCUUAAGAAUUUUGUCAUUAGAAAAUAAUUUGAUCUCACGAUUAUCAGGUCUCUCAAAUCUUAGCCAUUUAGAGAAGCUUCAUUUGGAUAGAAAUUGCAUUCAAAAAAUUGAAGGCUUAGAAAAUUUAAAUGAAUUAACAGAACUUCAUUGUAAUCGACAGAACAUUAGAGUUCCUUUAGAAUUUGACGAAAAUUCAAUAGUCGGGAUUUCUCCUAAUUUGAGAAUUUUGUCGCUGUGUGGAAAUAAAAUAGAAGAUAUUUCUUUACUGUGAUACCUUGAUAAAGCUGAAGAAAUAGACCUUUCUGAAAACCAAAUUCAGAUGGGAGAAGAUUUUAUUAAAGCUUUAAGCUGCAUGAAUUAUUUAAAAAUUUUGAAUUUGUCUGGGAAUCCGAUUGUUAGGAGGCCAAAGUAUAGAGAUGAAGUAAUUUUGUCGAAUUACUCAAUACAAGAGUUGGAUGGAAAGACAAUUCUUGGUAAUGAAAGAGAGUAUUUGUUGAGGCUUCAUGGAAAAGGAAGAGCACCAGUGAAGAAAGAGACUAAAAAAGGGAUUGAUUUAGCUGUGGUUGGGAAUCGAUUCAAUAAAAAUAAAUAA